AUGUCUGCUGCCAUCUCAGCUGUCCAAAAGACAAAUUUUCACUCGUGUAACCGUUCCCGCGCUAUGCGUGUCUAUCACCCACCACCUCAACCUGCCCCUACAGACAAUAUUUUCACGUAUCAGGCUGGUGAACCUCCGAACAUGGGUCCGAACCAUCCAAAUAACCAGCUUCCUGGCUUUAGUGCUGCCUUUGGCGGGCUUGAUUCUCGCAUGAUACCCCAGGGUCCUGGCCAGAAUCAAUAUACAUAUCCACCACCUCUCCCUCCUCCAUCAUACCCAACUCCUGCGAGGCAGCACAUUGACCCUUCGUUAAUGGACUACGACAACGAGGAUGACGAGGAUGAAUUCCCACCUGUGUCCACCCUGCUUGAGCAUGCUGCCAAGCCAGCGAAAAAGAUCACAGGGAGCCGUCGCACGAGCACUGUUAUUACUACUGCCAAAGCUAAAGGCAAGGCACGUGCCAUCGACAAUACUGGACCGCUGGUAAAUCGAAAGCGAAAAACCCUGUCCGCACCUCCCACUGCCUCCGACUCAUCUAAGAAACGUGGCCGUCAACAGGGAGCACCAAAUUAUAACGAAGAUGACAUUGAUGCUCUACUCGAUGCGUGCGAAUCGUGUUUGCCUGUGGGUGCAAAGAGUUGGAAUAUUGUUGAAGCCACCUUUGCACGGUGGGCGAAUGACAAUGACCGUCCAGCUCGCUCGUCCAAGUCUCUCGAACUCAAAUUCAAGCAAGGGAUGCAGAAUGUCCUCCUUACAUUGACCGAGCACAUUACAUCGACACUUUGA